AUGAAGUCGUCGACCAAGAAGCGCGCGAGCGGCGAUGCCAAUGGGUCUGGGCAACGCAGGAAGCGACAGGCCACAACCCCGACCCGGUUGACCCGAUCAAUGCUCAAGAAACUUAACGAAAAUGGUGGUCCUCCGGUAGAACUCAACCCAGGACUUGAAAUGCGACCCCGCCGACGAAGUAAAAGAGGAUUGUCUGCGGAAGGGGCCAUACAGGAUCCGCUUUUUUUUUGCUUGGUCGAUGCCAGGCCCGCGAAGCAUAGGAGGGAGUCUGAACCGGAAUCAAUAGAUGAUGACAGGCGAGUUUCCGAGGCAGACGUUGCUGCAGCAUCCCGGCUCGCACAGGCUGCUAUUGCAGCAGGUCUCACAGGAAAGACACCCGAGCAUCUGUUUAUCACAUCCGAAAGAAGUCCGCCCGGUGUUGAACACCCAACGGGCAUUGUACGCCUCACAAAGCAAGAUUUGAGGGAAAUCCUCAGUGAGGUGCUCGAUGAUGUCGAAAUCCGACGGAAGAUGGAACCUCACUGGCUCGCGAGGCUGGAGUUUCUCACCUGGUGGGCACGUUCAGCUGAGGAAAUGGAAACCAUCAAGGGGAAAGUCCGCAGGCUAGCGGAACGCUGGAGCAAGGACCUCAAAAUAGAAAUUCCCGAUGAUGAUGAAAUCCCUAUAUCGACACUCGAAUCAUGGAGAGCUGAUAUCGUCGUCCUAGGAGAUACCAGAGACAACGUGGAUGCAGGACAGGGGCUGAACAAUGGCGAGGCUCUUGAUACCGGAGAGGAGAGGAAUGGAUCUGAGAAUCCGGAAGGAGACGACAACGGCCUUGCGGCCGUCAAGCUUCUAGGAGAGUCCUUGGCUCUGGCAAAGCAGGACCUGGCGACUUGGUUAGAUGCUUGUGGCGGAGAAACGGUCUCAAUAGAAAUCAAACGCUCUGGGGGUGCAAGGUUGUCGAGAAGUCAAAAGGAAGCUGGCGAGAUCGAAGAGAAAGUGCGGACCUCGGACAUAUACUUGAAGUACAAUCUUGGCCAGGCUUCACAGUCAAUCAGAAACGCUUUAGAUUCUGUUGUGCGUGAAGUACGGGAGUGGAAAGCUCAGCUUCAAGAGAAGCAUGCUGACUGGCAAGUUGGGAUCGCCAGGGCAGAAGAAAAGGAGCGCAUGAAGAAUGUAGAAAACGAAAUCCGCCGAAGAGAGGAGGUACAGGAGAGGUUACACCAACGAGACGAAACGCAUGACGUUGAGGCAGAAAAGGGGGAUCAUCAGGAGGCAGAACUUCAGGAAGAAACCGGCUCCAGUACCGGUGAUAGUGGCAUUUCGGGCGUCGAACCAGUCCCGGCCGAGGUAAUUUUCGAUGAAAUGGAGGAUGGAGACGACAACUCAAUGGCAAAGGUUGAACGGUCAGCGCACGCAUCAGAAGGUGAAACCUCGCCCGAACCCAUUCGUCCUACCCGGAGCAACGAGCCUUUGCCACUAUCUCCAAUUCGAUUGACAGAUGAGGAGAUGGACCAUGAUGUUUCAAAAAUCGACGAAACCGAUGCGGAGCAGGCCCAUGUAGGAGGAGACAACAUGGCUCCGAGCGAGGAGGAUGAGAUAUUCGAGGCAGACCCUGUACCCAAGUGCAAGCAGCCAGAUCGAGAAGAAGAGGCAGCAGCAGAGGCUGUGGAGGAAACGCGGGGCCAAGAACCUACCCCUUGGUUACCAGACAAGAUCGGCCAUGACCCUUCUUGGAGAUGGCCUGGUCGCAAUCAAGGCGAUGCCGAAACUAUUCCUCGAGCGGUCACCGCCGCCGUAGAGGAACCUGAGGAGACACAUCUCGAGGACACUGCUCCCGCUGCUGCUGUUGCUGUUGCUGCCGAGGAACAUCUCGAUGAGCCUUCCCCCGAGGCUACUGCCCAUGUUACCACCUCAAAUGGAAAGGACUUCGAGAAGCCUCCCCCUGAGGCGACUUCAGCUACUGCAACUGCUCUUAUCGAGGAAUCCAAGGAUCCAACCCCCGAGGCUACUGUUGCUCCUUCCCGUACCACUAGUAUAGAGGAUUCCAAAGGCCUAUCCAUUGAGAAUACUGCUCCUGCUAUUAUCCUUCCUAUGAAGGAAUCUGGGGAGCUAUCCCCAAAGGAUAGUGCCCCUGCCCCUACUGUUAAUGUCGAGGAAAUCGUGGAGCCCUUGACUGAAGGCAAUUCCCCCAUUUCUACCGCUGUUGUAAAGGAAACCGUGAAACCGUCAGAGAAUUUUACCAUCGACGCUACUGACUCUACAAUCAUCAUUGCUUCAGAGGAGCCUCUGGAGUUAUUCGAGGAGCCGACACCUGAGGAUACUGCCCCUGCUGACUCUACUGCCGAGGAGGAAUCCGGAGACUCUUUUCCUGCAAUAGACUGUGCACUGCCCUACAUUCGCUCAUGGAGCACUACGGGACCCAGAGGCGAGGUAGAGAACACAGUCGUCCUUGCCCGCAGUACUGGCGACACGGGCGGCAUACCACAGGAUAACAGUGUCAGAGACAGCGUUGAUGCAACACAGUUCGUCAGUUCCCAGGAAGGGCCCGGUGUUGUCCACGCUUUGCGAUACAUCAGGCCUCAAUGGGAAAACACUUUCAAUCCUGUAGAGCCUGGCUUCAGCGCGAACGAGUACAGCGCGAACGAGGCCGAUGAUGACGACGAUGAAGAUACAGAGAAUGUUAGCUUUAGCCUAAAUGCUUGA